AUGGAUAUCAAUCUUAGCAAUCGCAGUCUGUUUUUAACCAUCGUGGAAGUCAGCUCGCUUGUUACCUUAAAUGCUCUUUCGUUGUCAGGAAACAGCUUGGUUUGUAUUUCAGUGUACAAGAACACAAGGCUUCGUACAACAACAAACCUUUAUAUUAUCGCAUUGGCUCUGAGCGAUUUGAUUUCAGCUGUGUUUGUAAUGCCUCUUGCAGUCGGUGUGCUUGCAACAAGCGAUUGGGUUUACGGACGAGUAAUUUGUGACCUACAUGGUUUCUUCACUAGCUUUGUAGUUUACGUUUCACCCGUAACUAUGGGCUUAACAGCUUUUAACAGGUACAUGAGAAUUUGCAAGUCGGUGCAGCAAUAUAGGAAAUUCUUUACACCGAGGAAGUCACGCGCAUGGCUGGCUUGUGUGUGGAUCUUCGUUGCUUUAUAUUCUGCUUUACCGAAGUUAGCUGGUCUCCAAGAUUAUAUGUUCGUUCCAGGUUACGCCCUUUGUGGCCCAGCUCAUCUAAGCGAAGCUGGGAAAAUGACCCACUAUGCCAUUGUGCUCUGUUUGUUCCUUUUAACACCGUUAGCAACAACAAUAUUCAGCUACAUAAAAGUUGCAAAGACAAUCCAACAGCACAAUGCCGAUGCAUCGUCUACAAUCCACAGCAGUGGAUUAGCAGAGGCAUCAUCUCCACCCGCGAGAUCAAGCUCAGCAAAUCUCUCUUCGCUGUCGUUUUCGCAUUUAUGAUAUGUUGGAUCCCAUUCUGGGUAAUCGUUAUUUUAAAGCGCUUUCAUCUCGUCGCAACGAUGCCACGAAAUUUGGAGCUACUCAGCAUGUUUUUCCUUUACUUGUCCAACACAAUAAAUCCGUUUAUCUACGCGGGGAUGAAUCCCGUGUUUAAGAGACAAUUCCGUAAAUUAAUCUGUUGUGAACAACGA